AAGUAAAUGGUGAAGUUGAGGAAUUUUGGGUAUACAACGUCAUGAAUGAAAAAAGUGGCCAAAAAUGUGGUCAAAAAUACAAAAAUAUAGGAAGUUUAACAGGAAAUCUAAUUAUACACCUUAGAGAUAGUCACAGGAUUCCUCUUUCUACAGUUACUAAUGAGAUAUAUAAAGAAAAAAUGUCUGAAUUUGAUUCUUUCUUUAUUAUUCUGGGAGAAAAAAAAAUUAGAACUAUGAUUGCCAAAAGUUACAAGUAUAACCAGGAAAAUUUACAAAACCUUCUAACCCAAAAUAUAGAAAACAUUUCACUUACAGCAGAUUUUUGGUCCAGUAAAGCUAGGCAUGGUUAUCUAGGAAUUACCGCUACUUGGAUUACUCCAACUUUUGAAAUUAAGAAUAUAAUAUUAGAAAAUAAGUAUAUUCCCUCACUACACUCUAGUAGAACUAUUUCUGAAGAACUUUACAAGUGCAUUGAAACCUGGAAUCUUGAGGAUCAUAUAAUAUCAAUCACCACUAACAAUAGACAUAAUAAGUUGGCAAUUGGAAAUAGACUAGCACCAGCAGAGAUUUUAGUUGCAUGUACAAAAAGGCUAAUUCAGUUCUUUCAAUAUCAAAAACAGAUAGAACGAUUAGAGAAG